UUUAGCAAGGAAUACUCGACUGGUUUCUCACAGCUGGAGUCCGUGCAAAACGAAACCGCCAACCUUUUAAACUUGUUACUGUGCUUGGUUGAAGUCGGAUUUAUAGACCAUCUGCCCUGAGUCAUCGAUAUCAAAUAAUUAUUUGAAACAAAGGAAGAUAUAGAUAGUGAGAAAUAUCUAUAAGUUACUUUGGUGCUGGUAGCAUAAUGACCGAAAGUACACACAAUUCAGCAGAAGCUAUGGAGAUUGCUAAUCCCGAAAAUGAAGAACUAAACAAAAGUUAUUAUGGUUCAUCUGAAAAAUAUCAACUUGUCAUUGGGCAUCAAGACAAUUUUGACCAAUUUAAUACAGGUAUAACAUCAGUCCAUACUUUACCUUUAGAAUCUCAUAAGAUUUUGGUUCAAAAGGAAAAUAUAAUGACGGCUUCUUCUACGAUCAGUAAAGAACCUAUCAAAAUUGAUAGUUUAAAGAAUAACAGGAUCUCGACUAGAAAAUUUAACAGUUUUCAAGAUGGACAUUUAAGCAGACAUUUGAAGCCUUCUUGUGGUAAAAUUCACACAAAUAAAUCAAACAAGGAAAAUGUGAACAAGGUAAACAUUUCACCACUAGCUGAACUCAAACCAGUAUUAAAAAGAGACCAUAUAAAUGACAACAAAAACUUUCCAACUCAACCAGUAAAAGCUAAACAAGUUAUCCAUCAAGAAAAAAGUAUAACCGAACUCAUUAAUGCCCUUUAUGGAAAACGUGAAGGAGAUUCUGUUGAUAAAGAAGACAAGCCAAAAACUAGUUUUUCUUUUUCAAAAAUAAAGGUUAAAGAAGAUAUUGUAGAUAAAAAGGAUGUGAAACAAUCAAAUAUUUUCGGAAAUGUUAAUGAUGAUGUUUACAAGGGAGGAGACACGAAAAAGCCUGAUUUAAAAUAUUGUAUGAAAAUUCAAACAAAUACUUCUGAUGAGAAACCUAAUGAGGUUUUGAUUAAAAACUGUAAGAAAGACAUCUUAACAAAGGUUGAGGUCACUGAAGCUAGGAUACCUACAAGUUGUACUGACUCCAAAGAUAUAAAGUUUGUUAAGGAUGAUUUGGACAAAUCAAAUGUAAUUUCAUCACUUCAGAACGUGAAUAGGUGUGAUUUCUGUGGAUUAGAAAUUACUGAUAGUAUUAAGUUCAAAUCUCACCUGAGAAUGCACUUACGAAAGAAAUCGUUUCCUUGUGACACAUGCGGUAAAAAGUUCAAAACUUUAGAUUAUUUAAAGACCCACAAGAGAUUUCAUACUGGUCAUAACCUGAGCAGCUGUGAUGUUUGUGGUAAAGAUUUCAUUUGUAAGAAAGAUUUACUUAGACACAUGAGAAUACACAAUGGGGAACAACCAUACGUUUGCAGUAUAUGCUCUGAAAGUUUUAGCUCUCCACAAAGCUUGAAUAUUCACAUGAGAUCUCAUACAGGAGAGAAACCGUAUAGCUGCAAUAUUUGUCCUAAAAGAUUUUCAAAUCAUGGCGACAUGAGAAGACAUAAGAGAAAACAUGAUGGCAAAGUCGAAAAGACGCACAACUGUACAAUAUGUAGUCAAAGCUUCAAAUCUAUGAAUGGAUUAGAAAUUCACAACAUGAAGCAUACCGGGGAACUCCCUCACACAUGUGAGGUUUGUGGGAAAGGCUUUAGAGGUUUCGGAAACCUAUCGCUUCAUAUGAAAAUACAUACUGGAGAAAAACCGUAUAAUUGCAAAAUAUGUGGUAAAAGUUUCGUACAAAAUGCACACUUGAGAAGUCAUAUUAGACGGCAUAACCAAAGGCCAUACUGUUGCACCUUAUGUAGGAAAAUGUUCAAAUUGUCGAGUGAUUUGGCAACACAUAUGAAAAUACAUACUGAAGAAAAACCAUACAUUUGUGUAACAUGUAGUGAGAGUUUUGGAGACAAAAAUGAACUCAAAAAACAUUCACGUGUUCAUAAAGAAAGAUCGAAGCCAAAACAAUUUACGUGUCGUAUUUGUAAUAAAACAUUAAGUUGUGGAAGCCUGACAACCCAUAUGAGAGUACACACUAAUGAAAAACCUUUCAUUUGUAAAAUUUGUGGGAAAGGAUUUAAACAGGGUAGUAAUCUUAAAACUCAUCUGAAAAUGCAUACCGGCGAAAAAUCACAUAAGUGCGAUAUAUGUGGCGAGAGUUUUCGAUUUCCAAGCAUUCUUUUGAACCAUGUUCGAGUUCAUACAGGUGAAACACCUUACGUUUGUACUACUUGUGGCAAAGGAUUUACCACAAACUCUAGUUUGAGUUCUCAUAUUAUGAUACAUACAGACAUAAAGCCUUUCAAGUGUGACAUUUGUGGUAAUACCUUCAGACGGAGUAAUCAUUAUGAUAGUCACAUGAGAACACAUACUGGCGAAAAACCGUUUAAAUGUGAAGAAUGUGGUAAAAGUUUUAGCGAGAACAGUGCACUGAAAAAGCACAUGAGAACACAUACAGGUGAACUGCCUUACGAAUGUGAAAUAUGUAAUAAAAAGUUUGCCUAUCUUAGCAAUUUACAAAGGCAUGUGAAAACACACUAUGGUGAAAAGCCAAGAUGUUGUAUUACCUGCGGGAAAAGGUUUGGAGAUAAUGCCCAAUUGAAAACGCAUAUGAGAACACACAGUAAAGAGAUGUUAAGCUGCGAAACAUGUGGUAAAGAAUUGAAGGACGAACGUUCAGUGAAAAGACAUAUCUUAAUGCAUUCUGGAAAUACACCUUUCGAGUGCGAAGUAUGCAGCAAAACGUUCUUCACAGGAAACGAAUUGAAUCAACACCUUAAAACACACACAGGUGAAAAACCAUACAGUUGUCCUCAUUGCAUCGGACGUGACUACCUUUCAAAACAACGCUUUAAUGAUCAUAUGAGAAAACAUGAUAUUAAGAAAGAUCUGUCAUAAAAUGGUCUGACUCAAUGGUUUUAUUUGUCGUAAAAAAAGAAAAGAAAGUUUGUUUUUGAACAUAUAUUCUGAUCCUGAAAUUGUUUUAUGAACAGUGAUAUUAAUGCAGUAUUACAUGGUUAUUGUAAAAUGUCAACUGUUAAAGCAUAUGCACUAUAUUGGUUGUACAAAAUAUGAACUAUAUGCGAAAAUGUUUGAGGGGAGACAACUCAAAUGUAACGUCUUGUUUUGUAAAUUGAACAUGAAAAGCAAAAGGAACCAGGAUUAGUUGAUAAUAUAUAAACUUUUAAAAUGACACUGCUUUGCAAACCACAAACGCUUAUAAAAACUAUUUAUCAUCCUUAUGGUUCUAAAGGUGUCUAUCAUGUAAAUUCGUGUUAUUUAAUUUUAUAAUUUUAUAAAAAAAAAAGGCCAACACCUCUCGAGCUGCUUUCCUCGCAGUUUUCAAUUGGAAUCAAAUUUUUGAUCUUUGUAUAUAUGUUUGUCAAUUUUCAAAAAAAAUAUUUUCUACCUUUGGUUUGGUUUUCGAGUGAUUUCCGUUUCCCGAAAAUGCUAUGUGUUCAUGUUAAUCUUUAGAUUAUGUUACUAACAAUUUUGUCAAUCGCCAUUUGAGUACAGUUAUCGAACUUUCAUUGGGCUCUAAUUUCUCCCAAUAAUAAUUUAUAUUGUUAGGUAAAUGUGUCUGUCUGACAUUGACUACACAACAUGGAGAAUUGAUAAUGUUAAGUUUAUCUUUUUACCUAAAAUAAGAGAUUUUAUUAUAAACAUAGAAAUGAGUAUUUCCAGUAAAGAAGGCAAUACAUUUAAGCGUGUAUCUAAACAAUCCCCCCAC